UAAUAAGUCCUGCCGCUAGAUGUCGUUGAUGGCAGCACGUGAUAAACAGCAUGGCGGCAGAAAUUAAACAUCUUGUUCCUCGCUAUGCAGAAAAUAUUGAAGACGGUGUCCUUGCUGCGAGCCGCUUGAUAAACGAUGGAAUACCUACCGAUACUUCAUACGAGCAGGGAAAUGUCGAAAAAGAAAUCGAAAAAAUGUUCUUGGCUGCUCGAGCGAAAUACUUCGGUGAAAUGGAAAAAAGUAGCAAAGACGAUUCUGGUUCGGAGGAAAUCUUUAUCGAAAGAUCCAGCAACUUAGCUCCUCCGUCUUUAAAAAGAAAAAGGCACGUUGAAUUCUUGACAGCAGGUCUUCGAGAGUUGGGAGUAUCUUAUCAAUGUCUCGAUGCCAGCCGAACUUGGAUAUGUUACUGGAUUCUUCACAGUCUCGACCUCUUAGACGCCUUACCUCUUUCAUCGGAAUUAGAGACUCAGAUUGCAAAUUUCUUAAACCGCUGUCAACAUCCAGAUGGAGGUUUCGGCGGAGGACCGGGACAAGAACCUCAUCUCGCUUCUACUUAUGCUGCAGUUAACGCUUUAUGUAUCCUAGGCACUAAACACAGUUUUGAUGUGAUAGACAGACCGAAAUUGUUGUCCUUCUUCUUUCGUAUGAAACAACCUGAUGGUUCUUUUACUCUCCAUCAAAACGGUGAAACGGACGUCCGUGGAAUCUACCUCGUUGCCAGUGCUGCUGUACUCAGCAAUAUUAUUUCCAGUUGUUCAAAGUUGUUUUACCUAUCACCAGAAUGGGUGGCAAGUUGCCAGACAUACGAAGGUGGCUUUGCCGGGCGUCCCGGUUUGGAGGCCCACGGCGGUUACACAUUUUGCGGACUCGCUGCCUUGUGUCUUUUAGGCAAACUCCAUUUGUGUGAUACUAAAUUGUUACUUCGUUGGAUUGCAAACAGACAAAUGAAGUUCGAAGGAGGUUUUCAAGGUCGCACUGAAAAACUGGUUGAUGGUUGUUAUUCGUUUUGGCAAGGUGGUGCCAUCGCGCUUUUACAAUCGGCUUUACAACAGCAAGGUGACCUGGGGUUUCCAGCUGACACCUGGCUCUUUCAUUCUGGUGCUUUGCAAGAAUAUGUAUUAACUUGUUGUCAACACAUGCGUGGCGGUCUUCGUGACAAACCUAAGAAAUCCCGGGACUUCUAUCACACUUGUUAUUGCCUGAGCGGAUUGUCUAUCGCUCAGCAUAACGGCUCUAAACUCGCUUUACACAUCCUUGGGGGAGAUGACAACGAAGUGAGACCCACACAUCCCACUUUUAAUAUUUGUGGAAAUAGUGUUUACAGAGCUUUGCAAUACUUUAAGUCUCUUUCCAUUCCUGAUGAUCCUUAGCAUUUAUAUUUAUAUUUAAGAAAAUAAAUGCGGAAGAGACCUAUUGUAGUCGAAUUUCGUGGUUACGUUCCUCCUUCCUAUGCUCUGAAUCAAUGUAAGAGCAAUAACUCAACACUGAAAUAACAUUUAAACUUGGUUCCGGUUUCAUGUUUUCCUUUUAAACUCCUCUUCAUUUAAAGAAUGCUACUGAAUUUAUUUUCCAGUUAUCUUAUGACAUUCUGUAAUUUUUUUGCAGAGCGAAAUUUGUGCUGUUAUGUAAAUUCUAUUGGUGUUUUAUUUAUUUAAUAAUUAUUCCUUCCGUCUUCCUCCAUCUCAAUAAGAGUUUUAUAUUUAUCUAGCAACAUGUGGACGGAAUCAGGCUAUAUUCCCGCUUAUGUUUUUAUGAACUUUUCAUUUUAAUAUAUCUCAUUGUUGAAAAUUUGUUCAUUAAAGUUAGUUAAGAUAUAGACAACAGAGGAAA